AUGUCGAAAUUGAUUCCAUUCUUGGAAGUGUUGAAGCUUAAUGAAAACAAUCUGAGAGGGACUAUACAAGCAGAUUAUAGAUUUCCAUCUCAGCUAGCCACUCUGGAGUUGGAUUCAAACUCUUUAGAAGGUGUGAUCUCUGACUCUCAUUUUGCAAACAUGUCCAAGUUGAAGUACCUGAGUUUAUCUGGCAACUCGUUGACUUUGAUGUUUAGUCAAAAUUGGGUGCCACCUUUUCAGUUAGAAGAAGGCAUAUUAUUGAGAUCUUGCAGAUUAGGUCCAGCUUUUCCCAAAUGGCUGCAGACACAAAAUAGCUCUUUGAUUGAUAUUUCCAACACUGGAAUUUCAGAUGUGGUUCCUAACUGGUUCUGGGAAAAAUUGGCAUUUCCAAUGCCAAUGGAUGUGGAUAUUUCACUCAAUAAUCUCACAGGUAAAAUUCCAAAUUUACCUAUAUGGCCUAGCUAUGUAGAUACUUUAAAUCUUGCUUCAAAUCAAUUUGAAGGUUCAAUUCCACCAUUUCUAAGUGGGGCUUAUAUUCUUGACCUAUCCAGUAAUAUGUUUUCAGAGUCUAGGCUGUUCUUUUGUGCUUAUAAUAAUGCUACAAUUGGCAUGCCAAUAAGCAUGUUGAGCCUUUCAAACAAUACUCUAUCUGGCUCCAUUCCCAAUUGUUUGAGUCAUUUCAAGUCAUUAGUGUAUCUAGAUUUGAGUCAUAAUAAGUUCAAAGGAAAGAUUCCAACUUCAAUAGGAUCUCUUCUUAAUCUUGGAAUCUUGAUAUUGAGAAACAAUAGCAUAACUGGGAAGGUUCCUUUGUCUUUGAGGAGUUGCACAAACCUAAUGAGGCUUGAUUUGAGUGAAAACAAAUUAUCAGGACCUAUUCCUUCUUGGAUUGAGAGUUUACACAAGACAUUAACAAUGGUAAGCUUAAGCAGCAAUCACUUCCAUGGAAGUUUACCAUUAAAUCUUUGCCAUCUAACAAACCUUCAUCUGUUAGAUCUCUCUUUGAACAAUCUUUCUGGACAAAUUCCCAUCUGCUUCAAGAAUUUUACUACAUUGGCUCAAAUUAGUACCCCAAUAAAUGAUUACCUUCGAUUCCAAGUCAAUAUCGGUGGAGAUAUCAUUUUCAGAAGUGUGAACUAUAUGGCAAUUUUGAUGUGGAAAGGUGCACAACGAAUCUUCAUAGAGAAACAUUUAUUCUUGAAAAGCAUUGAUCUCUCUAGUAGUCAAUUAUCUGGGCAAAUUCCAACAGAACUAGCUGAAUUAUUCGGCUUAGUUUCGUUGAAUUUGUCGAGGAACAGCUUGACAGGAACAAUUCCUUCAAUGAUUGGAAGGCUAACAUCUCUGGAGUUUCUUGACUUGUCAAGAAACCAACUCUCUGGUUCCAUUCCCUCUAGUCUCACUCAAAUCUACCGGCUCACCAUGUUAGAUUUAUCACAUAACCAUCUAGCCGGAGUGAUUCCAACUAGCACACAGUUGCAGAGUUUCAAUGCUUCAAGCUAUGAAGAUAAUCUUGAUCUUUGUGGACCUCCACUUCCAAAACUGUGCAAGGAAGUAGUGAAACCUCCAUUGCCACCACCACAAGAUGAGGAUGCCUCAGUUUUGUCCCUUGGAUUUUACAUAAGUAUGGCACUUGGAUUUGCUACUGGAUUUUGGGGAAUCUUUGGCUCCAUGCUGGUCAAUCGCCGUUGGCGCCAUGCAUAUUUCAGGUUCUUGAAUACUUUAAUGGACCACAUUUAUGUCACCAUAGCAGUCAAAUUUGUCAAGUUCAAAAGGAGACUCAGAGGUUUGCAGUCUUAGUUGGGAACGCUUAAACAUGUUAUUCUCCUGUGCAAUGCAUGUUUUCUAAGCUUGAAGCUAGGCUAUGAUGACUGAUGAGGGCUACAUUAGAUCUUGUAAUGUAUUAUGUAACUUCAAUUUUUCAUGUACUUUCAUUUUUCUUAGUUUGUUGGAAAUUAAACUUGUGUUUUGUAAUAAAUAAAGUCUUAGACUAUAUAUAUGUAAUUUAGACGCUAGAAGUGUUAAAACUGUAAUAGAACUCUCAACAA